CCCAUAAAGGCAACGCGUCUGCUUCACACGCUCACACCGCCCUCCCCGCCCCCCCAGUGAUGGAAUACAGCAUGCACAGAGCAAAGCCCACUGGCCCAGUUUUAUACGAAAGCAGCGGAACGUCAGGCUGAACGCUGCGCUCUCGCUCUCCUCCUCCGUUUCCUCCUCCUUCUUCUCAUCUACAGUGGUAAUCCUUGCUGACACCACGCACAAAGGACUAAAUGCCGCCUGCAUCCUCCAGUAGCCUUCUUCUUCUUCUUCCAGCUCUGAUCCUACACGGCCAACCUGUCUGUCCAUACGUCGGAGAUGUUGUUUAUAGAGGACGUGGAUCUUUAAAUCACAUCCCUGGAAUGCUGGCCUGGCUCUUCUAAUCCUCCGCCUCUUCCUCCUCCUCAUUUGUCGACCGGUUCAUUCAGGGAGAGCAUCACAACAGAGGCUUUUUUUCCUACUUUUUUUUUUUUCUACAUUUCCCAUUUCUUUCCUGGACUACAGGUGGCUAAUUUUUUAUAUAUUUUUUUAAACAUCUGAUGGGUUCAUGUAGCUAAAUAUCGGAGCUGCAUCCUUUACAUCCUGCUGUUGUCGGUCUCGCUGCACAUCUGUAUGCCAACAGUCACCCCCGAUCUGUUCCCGGAAACGACGCUGGUGCCGUCUCUCCCGGCGAUACCCUCUGCGCGAUCCGCCUCCGCCUCCUACAAGGCCCGGAGGCGCAGCAGCGGGGGCGACUGUGCUGCCAGGCCUCGGCCUUUGCCCACAGCCUGCAGGCCAGGCCCGAAAAGAGGCAGCAUGGAGGUGGGGAUGCGCGUGGUGCGUGGCCUGGACUGGAAGUGGGGGAACCAGGACGACGGCGAGGGCCACGUGGGCACCGUGGUGGAAAUCGGCCGGCAGGGCAGCACGACGACCCCGGACAAGACGGUGGUGGUUCAGUGGGACAGCGGCACACGGACCAACUACCGCACAGGAUACCAGGCUGCCUAUGACCUGCUGCUGUACGACAAUGCUCAGAUUGGAGUCCGUCACUCCAAUAUCAUCUGUGACAGCUGCAAGAAGCAUGGCAUCAUGGGAAUGCGGUGGAAGUGCAAAGUGUGCUUCGACUACGACCUGUGUACCCAGUGUUACAUGAACAACAAGCACGACCUCAGCCAUCCGUUUGAGCGCUAUGAGACGGCCCAUUCCCAGCCAGUGAACCUGACGCCGAGGCAGAACCUCCCACGCAUCAUCCUCAAAGGAAUCUUCCAGGGCGUUAAAGUCGUCCGUGGACCAGACUGGGACUGGGGGAACCAAGACGGUGGGGAGGGUAAGGUUGGGAAAGUGGUGGACAUUCGUGGCUGGGACACGGAGUCUGGCCGCAGCGUGGCCAGUGUCACCUGGUCCAAUGGCACCACCAAUGUCUACCGAAUGGGCCACAAAGGCAAAGUGGACCUGAAGUACGUGUCGGAUGGCCAAGGAGGCUUCUACUACAAAGAUCACCUACCUAAACUUGGUGAGCAUGCGGAGCUCCAGCGCCAGGAGAGCGCUGAUGGCCACUCUUUUCAGCAGGGAGACAAAGUCAAAUGUCUACUGGAGGUGGAGAUCUUGCGGCAGAUGCAGGAAGGACACGGAGGGUGGAAUCCCAAAAUGGCAGAGUACAUUUGUCGGAUCGGGACGGUUCAUAGAAUAACCGACAGAGGAGACGUCCGGGUCCAGUACAGCAACAACAUCCGCUGGACCUUCCACCCAGGAGCUCUCACCAAAGUGAACACCUUUGGAGUUGGCGAACUGGUUAAAGUUCUGGAUGAGCUGGAAAAUGUGAAGAGACUUCAGGCUGGCCACGGAGAGUGGACGGACAGCAUGACUCCUGUGCUUGGCCAGGUGGGAAAGGUGCUGAAAGUUUACGCUGACGGUGACCUGCGGGUGGCGUUUGGAGGUCAGACGUGGACGUUCAACCCGGCGUGCCUUAUGGCCCAGCCUGCAGAGGUUGAUGCCAACCUCAUGACGGCCGAGAACCCCAAUGAAUCUGGAAGUACCGUCAUCUCCGUGCUGGAGAAGCUGCUGUCUCAGUCCACGGAGCAGGACAACCCGGGCCGGCUCGUCAUCGAGGCAGCCCACGGGAGUGCCAACAAGGUGCGGGAGUUGGUGCAGAAGUAUCCCGACAAGGUGGAUAUCAAGAACCAAGGCAAGACGGCUCUGCAGGUCGCCGCUCACCAAGGCCACACAGAGGUGGUGAAGACCCUCCUGCAGGCCAACAGCUCCGUCGAGGUCAAAGACGAAGAUGGAGACACGGCUUUACACUACACUGCCUUCGGUAACCAGGCUGAGAUUGCACGGCUGCUGCUGAGCAAAGGGGCGAAUGUCAACGUACUGAACAACUCCAUGUGCACAGCGCUCCACAUCGCUGUCAACAAGGGCUUCACUGACGUGGUGCGAGUGCUGACUGAACAUGCGGCUGACAUCAAUCUCCAGGAUUCAUAUGGGGACACGCCGCUCCAUGAUGCCAUUGCCAAGGAUUUCCGCAGCAUCAUUGAGAUCCUGGUCGUAGUGCCCAACAUUGACUUCACCCAGCAGAACCACAGAGGCUUCAACCUGCUUCACCACGCCGCCCUCAAAGGAAACAAACUGUAAGUGGGAAUCGCAUACAAAGAUUAAACUCUGAAAUCACUGAGCACUGAAAAUCAGGGGAAAUCAAAGCUAAUCAGUUUAAGCAGAUAAGAAUCAAAUAAUAGUGUAAUUUCUACAUGUCGAGUCCCUUCCAUCUAUCUUUUCUAUUAGGAAAAUGCAGAGUAAUUUUUAUGCAGCUACACUUUCCACAUAGUUCUGUAUCCUGCUCUUUUGCAGCAUCAUUAGUUUGAAUGCAUGCGUCUCAUGUUUGGAAAUGAUGUUUUUUUUUGUUGUUUUUUUUUCUGUGUGUGUGGGAAUCUCUCCUGUGAGUUCAAAUGAGGAUCCCAAGGUCAAUUCUCAACGCUAUCUGUUACAGAUAGCUUGCAGAGAGCUCGUCUCCCACACAGUUGUUGCUGCUGUCAGCAGGCUGGGAGUCAAUAUCUCUCAGAAAUGCAGCAAUCUGUAUUUUUUUCUUUUGUCUCUCUAUGCACACACACUUGUACUCAAAAUUGUUCCCAGACUAUAUGCAGUAACCUCACCGUUUCGCGGGGACAAAUCAGAUAAAACAUUCCAGGAAUCCAAACAAGCUCUCAUCACAGUCUCGGAGAGCGUUUCACAGGAAGGACAAGCUUACUGCCUACUUUUCUGACAUCAGUAUAUAUUGUAAAUACCAGGGAAAAGUAUUUGUCGCCUUUUUUCUUUGUCGUCUUUCUUUUUUUUUUUGUCUUUUUUGUCAGCUUGCUGUAGUUAACAGAAUCAUAAAUUCUGCUUCGUGCAAGAACAUUAUGAAGGAGAAUAUCUAAAUAUCAACUCAAGGUUGUUGAGUGGCCCAGUCAAUGUCUGGACUUAAGUAUCACUAUGCUGUGGCACGACCUUGUGCAAGCUUUUUUUCUAAUGGCUGAAAACUCUCCAAUGUAGCAGAAUCGUUAUUUAAUCAAAAACAUUUAAGACAAACAAGUAAAAACAGAAGAUGAAAAGGUUCACAUCAUUUUUAAUAGCAUCAGAUGCAUGUUAGUAGAGAAUCCAAGAGAACGAUACUUAAAUAAUUAGCUCAUAUUAAUACAACCCAUUAAGAUCUUCUUGAUAUGUAUGUUGCGAUAUUGAUAAAUUAUGAUAUAUUUUGCAGCCUCAAUCUGCCACGAAAAAUGUACAGACAGUAGAGACACCAUGGACUUCUCUGUUUUUCAUAUCUGCUCUCAAAGCAGCCAGCCCUCACUUCAUCUGUGUGUGUAUGUGAGUGUGUGUGACUACUGCUAUACGAAACAAUAAACCAGGUAUCUGAAUGUUCUUCUCUCUGUGGUUAGUCACGCAGGAUAAUGCCAUACCUUCUUGUCCCCGUUGCUUAAAAGCUUGUCCCUGAAAGGUGCAAUUAGUGUAUCUUAUUUGUGCGAGGUGUGUAUCGCGGCGUUCUCUGUAAACAUGCCAUUAGCGGUAAAGUGAAUUCCUGUAAUUUUAGCACAGCUGAUAAUUUAUUAGGUUUAGAGAAAUCUAGUGAAACAUGCUACUUUCAUAAUAAAAACGUGUGAAUGAUAUAAACAGAUUAUGAACGAUAAAGAAAGCCACUUUCUUUAUACUUAAUAAAAUUAAUUUCUUUAUGCUUGCCUAAAUUUCUUUAUGCUUGGCUAUAUGUGACCAGUGUCUGACACUUCCAC